AUUGCUAGUGCCAGUGCCGACAAAAAAGUUAAGGUCUGGGAAGGACAAUGCAAGCUCACUCUAGAGCAUCACACAGAAGUGGUUCAAGCGGUCGAAUGGAACCAAUAUGCUCCACAAGUACUCCUCAGUGGCUCAUAUGACUGCACCGUAGUCUUGAAAGAUGGAAGGGACCCUUCGCACUCGGGUAUGAAAUGGUCUACCAAUGCCAAAGUGGAAAGCUUGGCCUGGGAUCCUCAUAGUGAACACUUUCUUCUUCUGAGUCUUGAAGAUGGAACUGUGAAGGGUUUUGAUAUACGUGCUUCUGAUUUAUCACCAAGUUUCACUAUCCAUGCUCAUGAUAAAGAAGUCUCAUCCAUCUCAUACAACACUAAUGCUCCCAAUCUUUUGGCUACGGGAUCUUGGGACAAAAGUGUGAAACUUUGGGAUCUUUCAAACAAUAAUCAACCAUCAUGGGUUGCUACACAUAAACCAAACGCUGGAAGAGUUUUCUCAGUCUCAUUCUCUGCGGACUGCCCCUUUUUACUCGCUAUUGGUGCCAAAAAAGGGAAGCUACUCGUGAGUAGUGACUGAUACAAAUAAAUUCAACAAAUUGUUUUCUAUAUGAAACAAACUAACGUAUAUUUUAUGUUCAUCCUUGUGCAGGUGUGGGAUACACUAUCUGACACUGCUGUGUCCCGUAGAUACGGUAGCAACCGACCAUGACUCACCCGGGGAAGAUGCAUGUUUGUUAAUUAAUCACAUACAUAUAUACCAAAUUGUCAAAUUAAUCUUAAGCCUUUCUAUCAGUUGUGUGCUUGGUGAUUGUUUUUUUUUUCUUAUUACUAUCUCAAAAGAGAUUUACUGGAUGUUUGAAGCCCUGGAGUCAAGGAAUUUAUUGUAAAUUUAACCAAAAUAUGUUUCUUAA